CAUGAAAAAUAUAUUUAUUAAAAUAUCAAUCAUUUUUGACAAAACAUUAUAAAAUUUGAAUAUUACCGGCACUUAAUGUGUGAAACAUUGCCAACAAUGAGCAAUAUUGUCAUCAAUACCACGUAUACCGGCAACGAAACUGCAGAUGAAUUGCAGGAUUUGAUGGCAAGACUCGAGUCCUAUAUUAAUAACAGAGCUCUCGAUAAUAUAUCGUUGAUCUCAUUGAUCAUCGCCUACGCUAUACUAAUAUUUAUCGGCACUUUGGGUAACGGUUUAGUUUGUAUAGUAGUGGCCCGUAAACCGAAAAUGCGGACUUCGAGGAACCUGUUUAUCAUCAAUCUAGCCAUCAGUGAUCUGUUGCUCUGUUUUUUUACGAUACCAUUUUCAUUGGUCGAAAUAUCUGUCAAGUUUUGGCCUUUUGGUGUAACAAUGUGCAAACUGGUCGUAUCAUUAGAGGCCACAUCGAUAUUUGUGUCGACAAUCAGUAUAACGGCCAUAGCGUUGGACAGGUAUCAAGUAAUACUACAUUCCGGUGGCGAUCAUCGCAUGUUUGGCUCUAUUGUCAAAUUGGUUGCCAUUUGGAUAAUGGCUAUAAUGUUGGCGUUACCGUUGUUUCUCUAUAGGACUGUUGAAUCGCAUGAAUUGAGUAAAUUGAACCUUCCUUGGCUUAAGUCUGUCAACUAUUGUGUGGAGCGGUGGCCAAUAGCCCACGGGAGGGGCUAUUAUUCUGUCUUUUCAAUGGUAUUUCAGUACGUACUGCCCAUACUUAUUGUCAGUAUAGUCUACACGCGCCUCUGUAUGAAACUGCGUACACGUGCUCUAAGAAGGACAUCGACAACACAAUUGCCAAAAUUGAAGUCACGUUUGAAGAAAAGGACCCGAAAGACCAAUUCAUUGCUUAUAUCUAUUGCAUUGAUAUUCUGUAUUUCUUGGUUACCCCUAAACCUCAUCAAUAUUGUCGCCGACUUUUGUUUCCCAUUCAAGUCGGACACGACUUUUCGUAUAGUGUUCGCCAUCUGUCAUAUGGCAGGUAUGUCGAGCGCCUGUUCUAAUCCACUUCUGUACGGUUGGCUAAACCAAAACUUUCGUAACGAAUUCAAAGAGCUUUACAGUGUUUUCCAUUCAUUUGUCGGCAAAUGUUUUGGCACAAAGUCGGCCAUAAAUAACAAUAAUAAUACUAUUUUGAAAAGCGGUGGUGUCGUCGACCGRCGCCCGUCACACAUAUACUGUGGACCAACUCAUCUAUUUGAUGACGAUCUCGACCACAAUGAGAUGCGUGUGAAUGGACUGACCAGAGAGACAAUGGUUUUGGCCACCAGUGCUAAUAAUAUACCGUUGACUGUGUCGUGUGAAUACAACUAA